GCGCGAGGCGCACGGGCGACGGUCGCACCUCACCGAGAGUGAGCGAAGGAGAGAAGCGGUCGCGUUCGAUCGAUCGUCGGCGGGCGACGUCCGCGCGAGACCGGUCGCGACUCCCGAUCGAGGCGAAUCGUCGUCGGUGGCGGAAAAUAGGCGCGGCCUCCUCGCGAUUCACCAUCGGCCGCGGUUCGUCGUCGUUCUAAGAGACGCGCGCGGGGGGUCGAGGCGUGAGACCGUCCGCGCACGAUGUCGUCCAUGUCAUCGCUCGGAUCCCAGCGCCGGCUGAAGCCGGAGAGCAGCAUGAUGGGCUCGGCGUCGACGUAUAUGUUCCAGAAGAACCUCAAAGACAUGAUCACGGCGAUACGCGCGCAAAAGGGCGACGGCAGCCAGAAGAACUUCAUCAACAAGUGCCUCCAGGACAUUCGCACGGAGAUCGUGAGCCCGGACGUUCGCACGAAAGCCGUCGCGCUCGAGAAAGCGACGUACCUCCACACCCUGGGGUUCAACAUGAACUGGGCGUCGUUCCACGUCGUCGAGCUCAUGAGCGUCAGCGUGAACGUGAAGUACAAGCGCGUCGGGUACCUCGCCGCGACGCAAUCGUUCGGCGACGACACCGACGUCGUGCUGUUGAUUCCAAACUUACUGAAGAAGGAUCUCGCGUCGCCGAACCCGGCGGAGGCGGCGCUCGCGAUCUCGUGCCUCGGAAACAUCGUGACCCCGGAGCUGUCGCAGACCCUCGUCGCGGACGUGUACUCGUUGCUGAACAACCAUAAGCCGGAUCUGCGCCGACGCGCGUGCUUGUGUCUGUACAAGUGUUUCCUGCGGUACCCCGAGGCGCUGCGGCCGUCGUUCGCGCGUCUCACCGAGUGCUUGGAAGACGACGACCAGUCCGUGGUCCAGGCCGCGGUGACCGUCCUCUCCGAGCUCGCGAUGCACAACCCGAAGACGUACCUGCCGCUCGCGCCGAAGUUUUACAAGCUGCUCACUACGUCGAGCAGCAACUGGAUGACGAUCAAGCUCGUGAAGGUUUUCGGAGCGCUCACGCCGCUCGAGCCGCGACUCGCGAAGAAGCUCGUCGGGCCGCUCUCGGAGAUCUUAGAGACGACCUCCGCGAAGUCGCUGAUGUACGAGUGCAUCCGCACCGUCGUCGGCGGGAUGACGACCCAGGAGAAGAUCGUGCGACAGGCGGUGGACAAGCUCAAGGACAUGCUCGACGACCAAGACCCGAACAUCAAAUAUCUCGCAUUGCACGCGCUGACGUUUCUCCUCGAGACGCACCCGCGGAUCGUCGCGGAGCACAAAGGGAACAUCUUCGGCUGCGUCGAGCACGAGGACAGCAACAUCCAGUACUGCGCGCUGAAGAUCGUCCGAGGGUUAGUCACGAAGAAGACGUUGAUGGACACGACGGCGCAUCUCAUGGGCGCCAUGGGCCGCGCGGAGCAGCGGUUCCGCGACGAGCUCGUGUGGUCCGUCGUGCACGUGUGCAUGAACGACCGGUACGCGCUCGUGACGGAUUUCGUGUGGUAUCUCACCGUCCUCGCGGACUUGGUGCAGGUCCCCGCGUCGUGCCACGGCGGAUUAGUCGGCGAGCAGCUCAUCGACAUUUGCCUGCGCGUCGAGGUGGUGAGAGAGUCCGCGGUUGCGAUCCUCAAGCCGCUUCUGUUGGACGGCUCCUUGCUCGAGAGCACGCCCGCGAACAAGACCGUCCCGGAGGCGCUGAAGUCGAUCGCAUGGAUCAUCGGCGAGUACGCGUGCUUCGUCACGGACCACGCGGAGGUUAUCAAAGCGCUGUCGAACCCUUCGGUGACGAAUCUCCCCGCGCACGCGCAAGCUGUGUACGUCCAGUCGCUUCUGAAGGUGUACGCGUCCGCGAUCCCCGAGGCGAAGCUCGUGCCGAUGACCGCGGAGCUGACGGCGAUGUGCGAGAUGAUUCAAGAGAACCUCAAGCCGUUCAAGAACAGCUUGCACUUGGAAGUGAGAGAGCGUUCGUGCCAGCUGUCGACGAUUUUGGAGCUCGCGAGCUCCGCGGAGGACGCGACCCUCGGGCGAGGGACCGCGAUCAUGGAGCAGUUCUCGCUCGCGCUCUCGGAGGAGAUCCAGCCGGUGUCGCACAGGGCGCAGAAGAAGGUCGAAGCUCCCGCGGCGUUAGGGCUAUCCGCGCCUCUUUCCAAGGAGUGGGACGGGCUCCUCCUCAGCAGCGACGACGAGGACGACGAGGACGGCGGCGCGGAGGGGCGGAAGAAACGGAGCAAAGGGUCCAAGUCGAAGCCGGUCACGGAUCUGUUCACCGCGCGGAAGACGAAGGAGCAAAUCGCGCGCGAGGAGAAAGACGCGAGGAAGAUGCUCAAGUCGCACCGGGAGAAACAGAGCAUGUACUACCUCGGCGACGACGCCUCCGGGGAGAAGAAAAAGAAGGGGAAAAAGAACCGGAAAGGCGCGGCGCCAGAGGUGGAGGCCGCGCCGGAGCCGGAGCUCACGGAGUACAUGAAGCAGAGCUACGCCGGGAACGCGUCGCGGCCGGUGAUCAAGGGCGAGGACGACGACUCGAGCGAGGAAGAGUACGCGAGCGAGUACCAAGACGCGGGCGCGGCGGCGCGGUACGCGCCCAAAGUUUCCGCGAGCGACAUGCACGCCGGUCUCGGGACGUACGACCCGCUCGCGCCGCUCGCGAGAGGGGAGGACAUGCCGACGGUGGAGGCGUACCCGACGUAUGAUCCGUACGAGAACGAGGGCGGCGGUCGGUCCGCGUUUCAAGUCCCGGAGCGACGGGAGCGGAAGCACAAGUCGGAGAGGAAGAAGGAAAAGGAGAAGGAGAAAAAGGCGAAGGCGAAAAAGGCUGCGAAAAAGGCGGCGAAGAAGGAGAAAGAAGCCGCCGGAGAGGACGCUUCCGAGGACAAGAAGGGCUCCGGCAAGGAGAAAAAGGAGAAGAAGUCUAAAUCGUCCAAGGCGGACAAGGUGACGGAGAAAUUGUCGAAAGCGUCGAUCGAUUGACGCGUUGAAUAAACAUACUUACACGAACC